AUGUCCGAAGAGAAUGCCGAGCACGAUGGAGCAAGAGAUAUUGCUGAGGGUGCAAGAAACCCUCCAGGGACAGACGAGGAAACGAUUGCGGAGCAAAGAACACUAUUGGUGCAGCAGUUCGACAAUGAUUUAACCCUCGAAGCUUACUUGCAGCUGACGCCUCCCAAAUACAUGGCAAGAGCGCGGUGCUCAGCUGCCUGUUGUAAUUUUGCGAAAGAGGCUAGGAGCUCACACGUCGAGAUCAAAGACGACUACCGCAUUAUGCUUGGAGUUCGCGAGCGUAAAUUUUUCCACGUCACCUGUUUCGAACACAACAUCGAUCCCUCGUCGUUACUCCCGGCUCGGCUUAAACUUGAUGCUGCAUCGUAUCGAUGGAACGAUAACUGGCCUUGGACAUGGGGCUUGAUAAUACGGAAAUGGUUCGACUGUAAAGGGUACAUUGACCUUAACCAGAUCGCACAGUAUAUCGACGACUAUGAGAAACAUGAAGAAGAGAGUGGAGAGUGGGACACGAUCGAAAUCAGUCGACAGUUGGCACAGCAGCGUGGAGAUGGCUCUGUAGAAGAUGCUCCUGAGAUUUUUCUGCUGCCUCCUACAGUGACACCGACCUUAGAAAGUUAUGCGAUGGCCAGUGACCUACCAUGCGCAUUAUCUACUGUAUUACAGCACAAGUACGUUGAACGUCUUGCGCCCGCGAUCGCAAUCAAUAGUAUCAUUUCCGGUGAUUUCUCACUUGUCUUCCCGGAACGAGGCUUUCGCGAUCUCUUUCCUCCUGGUAGCAUACAUCACUGA